AUUUUUCCCUCUGUUUUCCAAUAUAGAACUGGAAAGAAAUGGCAAGAGCAAUCUCAGGCAGUGCCCAACUGCCCAUCAGCCACGUUCACGCACCCCUCCAGCCUCCAGGCUUCAUCUGUUCGCCAGUUCGCUCCCCCCUCCCUCACAAAGUCUCAAGACGUCUGAUGGCCCCUGAGUAGUGUAAAUGUCCAAGAAACAAACAUUCUCUUUCGAGUCAUAUUCUUUCCGCGGAAAGCAAAGGGGUGACAGUGAGGGGAUGGCGAGGCGCAAGGAUGGCUGGGGCGACGGCGACAAGAUCAAGAUUGGUGUCUGCGUCAUGGAAAAAAAGGUGUCGUGUUCUCCCAUGGAACAGAUUCUUGAGAGGCUGCGUGCGUUCGGCGAGUUCGAGAUUAUAAUUUUUGGUGACAAAGUGAUUCUUGAAGAUCCCAUUGAAAGUUGGCCUAUAUGUGAUUGUCUAAUCGCCUUUUACUCGUCUGGGUAUCCACUAGAAAAGGCAGAGAAAUAUGCUGCUUUACGAAGGUUACAUAACUCCUGAGAUUCAAGCAUAGAACCUGUAAAAUAUAUACUGCCUCCAUUCCAAACUCUAAGCAGUUUUGGCUUUUCUAGAUACAUACCUUUUGCUAUGCACCUAGAUAUACACUAUGUUUAGAUACGUAAUAAAAACUAUGUAUCUAGAAAAAGGAAAAUGACCUACAAUUUGGAAUGCAGGGAGUAUUAGAUAGAGUAUUUUCUAGUUCUUGAAGGAACUGUGGUAAGUUUACGGUUUUUGACAAUUUGAUCCAUUGUGUGGCUUACAUAUGGAAUUGCUGGUGUUAUUCUUAUUCCUAGUACACUUUCUUUUAGUUUGCAAGAUCUGCAUUAAUCAUCUAUGCCCUUUCGCAUGACUGAACAAAUGAAAGAGAACUUCAGAAGCUAUAUAUUUUUUUUAAUAUAUUCCUUUUGCUUCUUGCUUGGACAAACAUGCCCUUUUUGGUGAACGAGUUGGCCCCUCAAUACCUUCUUCAUGACCGCAGCAAAGUAUAUCAGCAACUUAAGUUGUAUGGGGUUCCUGUUCCAACCUAUGCUGUUGUCAGAAGAGAAUAUCCUAAUCAAGAAUUAAGCUAUUUUCUUGAGGAAGACGAUUUUAUUGAGAUCCAUGGGAAGCGGUUUUGCAAGCCUUUCGUGGAGAAACCCAUUGAUGGUGAUGACCAUAACAUAAUGAUAUACUAUCCCAGCUCAGCUGGUGGAGGAAUGAAAGAACUGUUUCGUAAGGUUGGUAAUCGAUCUAGUGAGUUUUAUCCUUAUGUGAGGAAGGUGAGGCGAGAUGGAUCUUACAUUUACGAGGAGUUCAUGCCUACAGGAGGGACAGAUGUCAAGGUUUAUACAGUUGGGCCUGUAUAUGCACAUGCUGAAGCACGGAAGUCUCCAGUUGUGGAUGGGGUUGUCACAAGGAAUUCUGAUGGAAAAGAGGUGCGCUAUCCGGUUCUAUUAACCCCUUCUGAGAAACAAAUCGCAAGGAGCAUUUGCCAAGCCUUCAGACAAGCGGUGUGCGGUUUUGAUCUUCUAAGGUGCGACAUGGGAGAGGCAACAUCCUAUGUAUGUGAUGUCAAUGGCUGGAGUUUCGUGAAAAGUUCAUACAAGUACUAUGAUGAUGCUGCAUGCAUUCUGAGGAAAAUAUUUCUUGAUGAGAAAGCUCCACAUAUUCCAUCAACCAUUCCUACUAAUCUCCCAUGGAAAAUCAGUGAGCCAGCUCAAGCAUCUGAUACUGCGAGAUGUCGUGAGAGGGUAACUGUUGGAUUAUCUAGGCCAUCAGAAGAGCUGCGCUGUGUCAUAGCUGUUAUACGCCAUGGGGAUCGCACACCGAAGCAGAAGGUGAAGCUAAAAGUAACUGAAGAAAAGCUUUUGAAAUUGAUGUUGAAAUACAAUGGUGGAAAGGCCCAUGCAGAGGCUAAGCUUAAAAGUGCUUUGCAGCUGCAAGAUCUAUUAGAUGCAACAAGAAUUCUGGUUCCACGUGCUAGAUCUGGUCGUGAAAGUGAUAGCGACAUUGAAGUUGAGCACGCAGAGAAGCUACGCCAAGUUAGAGCCGUCCUUGAAGAGGGUGGACAUUUUUCUGGUAUCUAUAGGAAGGUACAGCUAAAACCAUCAAACUGGGUUCGCGUUCCUAAAGAUAACAGAGAAGGGGAGGAGUAUCCAGUUGAAGCCCUAAUGGUUCUUAAGUAUGGUGGUGUUCUAACUCAUGCAGGAAGGAAGCAGGCAGAAGAAUUGGGAAGAUAUUUCAGAAAUAAUAUGUAUCCAAGUGAAGGGCCAGGAUUGCUUCGCCUCCACAGUACAUAUAGGCAUGAUCUGAAGAUAUACAGUUCAGAUGAAGGCCGCGUUCAGAUGUCUGCUGCGGCUUUUGCUAAAGGUCUUCUUGAUUUAGAGGGGGAGUUGACACCAAUCCUGGUUUCACUUGUUAGUAAGGACUCGUCUAUGCUAGAUGGACUUCAGGAUGGAACUAUUGACAUAAAUGAAGCAAAGGCUCAGUUGCAUGAUAUUAUUACAUCUUCAGAAGUUGCACAUUAUAAUGAACCUAUGGAAUUCCCAUGGAUGGUUGAUGGAGCUAGAGUGCCUAAAAAUGCUGCUCAGCUUCUCACAGAUUUGGCUGAGUUGACAAAAGAAAUAACCGCGCAAGUAAAGAUGCUUUCUGAUGAUGAAGAUGAGAAAGCUGCCAUAGGUAGUGAUUCACCAAAUCCUCCUUACGAUAUAGCCAAGGCACUGGGGAAAGCAGAAAUUGAUACGGAUCGUCUUUUGGCUGGAUUACCUUGUGGUAGUGAAAGCUUUCUUUUGAUGUUUGCCCGUUGGAAGAAACUAGAGAGGGAUCUCUACAAUGAAAGGAAAAAGCGCUUUGACACUACACAAAUUCCUGACAUAUAUGACUCUUGCAAGUAUGACCUUCUUCAUAACUCACAUCUCAACCUUACUGGUCUGAGUGAUCUCUUCGAAGUUUCUCAGUUGCUAGCUGAUAGUGUCAUUCCAAAUGAAUAUGGAAUAAAUCCAAAGCAGAAACUCAAAAUUGGCUCAAAGAUAGCACGCCGUUUAUUGGGGAAGAUUCUAAUUGACCUGCAUAACACAAGACGAGAGGUUGCUGCUGCUGCUGCUGAAUCUGACAUAUAUAAUGAUAUAAUGACAGUGUCAUCUGCAAAACGGAAGGAGAGGAGUUACUAUGAGGAGGUUAAGCAUGAAUGUGUUGAAAGAUCUAUCUCUAACAAGAAGGGCAUUGAUCUAGAUGACUCCCACGAGGAAACAAAAUACUGCUUGGAUCCAAAAUAUGCUAAUGUGGUUGAACCUGAGCGACGUGUUCGAACAAGGCUCUAUUUUACAUCGGAAUCACACAUACACUCUCUAAUGAAUGUACUUCGCUAUUGCAAUUUAGAUGAAUCUCUGAAUGGAGAAGAGAGUCUUGUUUGCAGAAGUUCUCUAGAUCUGCUAUUUAAAACACGUGAACUCGACUACAUGAGUUACAUUGUCUUGCGUAUGUUUGAAAAUACAGAGGUACCUUUGGAAGACCCAAAGAGAUUCCGUAUAGAGAUGACAUUUAGUCGCGGUGCAGAUAUAAGUUCCUUGGAGGUUAUUCAUUUCAAAUGCUUGGGUGGAGGCAAAGAAUCUUUGCUGCCUGAUGACCACACAAUGCCGAUUAUGGAGCCAGAAAGAUUGCAGGAAGUUGGAUCGUAUAUCACCUUAGACAAAUUCGAUAAAAUGGCUCGCCCAUUUGCAAUGCCAGCUGAAGAUUUUCCUCCAGCUGCUCCUCAACCUUUGCCUGUUCGCUUCUGCAAGGACAUCGAAUUACGAGGAAAACUGCAGCAUAAGUCAGACAUGAUGAGUGGUGUUUUGAAAAGGAAGACAAAAAGGCUUCAGGAAUAGCAUGCAUCUGCGCAGCUUGGGCUUCAGUCUGACUGAGUCGUCGUAUUGUGGGUGCUGCAGGUGGGUUUUUUCAGGAUUUACAGGAACGCUGAAUACAAGACCAUGUGUCUUUACACUCUAUGUACAUUCUUUUUCUUAAUAAAAUGACGUGCGCGCGGUGGUAACUCUAAGGAGCAUAAGUGGAAACAAUCACCAUGCUUUGAAUCAUUUUAAUUUCAUCUAACCUCUUUUCUCUCUUUUUCUAAGCUUUUGAAGUGUUGGGUGACAGAAUGCCUACACGACUAUGGUUAUCCAGUUAAAGGCAUGUUUGGUUCGCUACCUAAUUUGUCACACUAUAAGUGGAAACAAUCACCAUGCUUUGAAUCA